UCUCGUAGCAAACAUCCGCUGGAGCAGGCAGGAUUAUGAAAGCAUGAUUAGUGAGCACUUUGUAACUGCGCCAGCGGCUGUGAGCGGACAGAUGGCCCGGCUCGGAUGGCGUAUUUAGGACCGCGGCUGGGACCGUCUCGCUUCUUCCUCCCCGGUGUGUCCGCGCUCAGACUCCUCGGCUCGGUCGGGAUGGACGACAUGGGUCUGGCCAUGAGUCGGUCCUCGCUGGAGCGGCUCGACUUUGACAACGUCGCCUUGAAGAAACUUCCCGUAGACCCGUCCGAGGAGCCGGGGGUCCGGCAGGUGAAAGGAGCGUGUUUCUCUCGGGUCAAGCCGCAGCCGCUGACCAAGCCGCGGUUCGUGGCCGUGUCGCACGAAGCCCUGGCGCUGCUGGGGCUGGACGGAGCCGAAGUCAUGGACGACCCCCGGGGGCCAGAGUACCUCAGCGGGUCCAGAGUGAUGCCCGGGUCCGAGCCCGCCGCUCACUGCUACUGCGGCCACCAGUUCGGCCAGUUCGCCGGGCAGCUGGGCGACGGGGCGGCCUGCUACCUGGGCGAGGUGAAGGUGCCGCCCGGCCAGGAUCCCGAACUUCUCCGGGAAAACCCGAGCGGCCGGUGGGAGAUCCAGGUGAAAGGAGCUGGACUGACCCCCUAUUCCAGACAAGCUGAUGGUCGUAAGGUGCUGCGCUCCAGUAUCAGAGAGUUCCUGUGCAGCGAGGCCAUGUUCUUCCUGGGCGUUCCCACCACCAGAGCCGGUUCUGUCGUGACCUCUGACAGCAGGGUCAUACGGGACGUGUACUACAGCGGGAACCCUCGCCAUGAGAGGUGCUCUGUGGUCCUCCGCAUCGCGCCCACCUUCCUCAGGUUCGGGUCCUUUGAGAUCUUCAAGCAGGCCGAUGAGUUCACGGGCCGCCAGGGUCCGAGCUACGGCCGUGACGAGAUUCGAGGUCAGAUGUUGGAUUAUGUCAUCGAGAUGUUCUAUCCUGAGAUCCAGCAGAACUACCCAGACCGGGUGGAGAGGAACGUGGCGUUCUUCAGAGAGGUGAUGCUUCGUACGGCUCGCCUGGUGGCCCAGUGGCAGUGUGUAGGGUUCUGUCACGGAGUCCUGAACACAGACAACAUGAGCAUCCUGGGCGUCACGCUGGACUACGGUCCGUAUGGCUUCAUGGACAGGUUUGAUCCAGAUUUCAUUUGCAAUGCCUCCGACAACUCCGGCCGGUACUCCUACCAGGCCCAGCCGGCCAUCUGCAGGUGGAACCUGGUGAAGCUGGCAGAGGCUCUUGCUCCAGAGCUGCCACCGGACCGGGCCGAAGCUGUUAUGGACGAGUACCUGGAUCUGUUCAACCGCUUCUACCUGGACAACAUGAGGAAGAAGCUGGGUUUGCUGCAGAAGGAGGAGCCCGAGGACGAGAUCCUGAUCACUCAGCUGCUGCAGACGAUGCACAACACAGGUGCUGACUUCACCAACACCUUCCGCAGCCUGAGUCAGAUCUCCUGUCCCGCUGAGGGAGAAGGUGAGGGAGAAGUUGUCAAAAAAGCUGCAGACCUGCUGCUGGAUCAGUGUGCCUCCUUAGAGGAGCUCAAAGCUGCCAACAAACCCACCAUGGAUCCACGCGAGCUGGCGAUGCUGCUGUCUAUGGCUCAGAGCAAUCCAGCGCUGUUCCAGAUGAUCUCAGACAGAGCGACCAUAGCGAGGCAGCUAGACAGGCUGAGCAGACUGAAAGACCUGAUGGAGAGCAGCCAGGAGGAGCUGACGGCCAAGCACGCCGACGACUGGACCUCCUGGAUCACACGCUAUAGGAAACGUCUGGCUCUGGAGCUGGAGGGCCAGAGCGAUGUGCAGGCCGUGCAGGAGGAGAGGGUGAGGGUGAUGGACGGCACCAACCCCAGAGUGGUGCUCAGGAACUACAUCGCCCAGAAUGCCAUCGAGGCUGCUGAGAACGGGGACUUCUCUGAGGUCCAGCGGGUCCUCAAGGUUCUGGAGAGGCCCUUCUGUUCUCAGACUGGUCUGGAGCUUCCUGCGUGGGCCGGCGGCGACGGAGCGGCGGCACAGGGAGAAAGAGACGAAGGAGAGGAGCAGCAGCAGGAAGCGUCCACGUCCACGGCGAGAAGCGCCGUCCCCUACGACAGCAAGCCGCCUGCUUGGGCGCACGAAAUCUGCGUCACAUGAUCUUCGUAAUAACUUCCUUGACCGUGAGCUGUCCCGCCUGAAGUAAUCAGAGUUUCAUGGUGUUUAAAUUCUAUAUUUGUACCUUUUAUAUCCCACCACACACUCUUCUAGCCGAGCUCUGGGUUACUGUGGCGGGGCAGCAUCAAGGAAGUUAGCAUGAGGCAGGACACCCCAUAGGCCGGCUGGAUGACACACACACAGGCAGGAAGUGUUGGGUUUGGUUCUACAGAUACAGAACAUCACAGUCUGACCAUAUCUGGUUAAAAAGGGCUGUGAAGUGAGUUUUAGAGUCUGGCUUCUUCCCAGUUGCAGCAGGUUUUAAUGCUGAUAGGUGGAGGACAUCUGACGGCGAGAUGGGAAGAAGGUUUCAUACAACACUGUGCACAUGCAGUUUAUGAAAUGCACUUUUUAUUUGUUUGGGGUUUGUGAGUGUACAGAACCUUCACCUGCCUGUUGGGUGUUCAGCAGCUAUUGAUGACGAGUCAGGCAACCAGUCGGACAGCGACCCGUCUGACUCUGACACGCUGAGGGGUGUCUCCUCAACACAAACCAAAUAUAUGACGUGUCUGUGGAGGAAAGGGAGCGAUUGCACUUGAUUUAAAAAAAUAAAAAACAAAUAAAAUCCAAGCCGCAGUAGAUGAACACGCACAACGCCUUCUCCAAUAGAGAAGCUUUGCCUUCUGCCAUCGUCACAGCACCACUGCAUAGACACUGAACCUUAGCUCACCUUUAUUCUCUUAUCCACUAUACCCAGUAUACCCAGUAUACCCAGUAAGAGUUAUAACUGAAACUAAUUAAGGGAAGGAACACUGAGAAUGUGACUCUUCCAGCUUGUGGCCAUCCAGAAACAGGAAGUCUGUGGUCGAUUGUGCCACAGAGGUAACUGUGUGUGAAGGGAAAGGCCCGGAUGCCCAUUGAUGAGCUGGUGGUUCCUGUGGUUCUGUUUAUCAGAUCAGCAGCACUCGUACAACUGGCACAUCUGGAUCCAGGUUCUGUCGAGCAAAACACAUGAAAAAUAAUCGCAUUGAAAUUCUGCUUAAUGUCUGAUUAAAGUGUCUGAACUGUA